CGCCCUCUUCUCCCCCCUCGCCCCGCCGAUCCCGUGCGGCGCCGCCGCCGCAGCCUCUCCGCCGAGCUCCGCCGCCUCCUCCCGCUCUUCAGGUCUCACUGUUGUUUGAAAGAAAAGAAUGAUCUUACCAUGCAGAAAGGAUUCCGGAUAUCAAAUUUUAAGGUUUUCACCUCAUAUGGAUCGCAAGCAAGCCUUAGUAGUGAAGAAGUAAAUAAAGAAAAGCUCCUAAUUGACUGUGGAGACGACCAAGAAUGUGUACUUGGAGGUAUAGUUGCGUUAGGAAAGUUUGAUGCCCUUCAUAUUGGUCACCGACAACUCGCAAUACAUGCAUCGAAAGCCGGAACUCCUUUCCUUCUUUCAUUUAUCGGAAUGGCAGAAGUUCUUGGCUGGGAAUCCAGGCCCCCAAUUGUUGCAAAAUGUGAUCGAAAGCGUGUUCUUUCUUCGUGGGCCCCUUAUUGUGGUAAUGUUGCUCCUCUCGAAUAUCAAGUUGAAUUUUCAAAGGUUAGGUAUCUUACUCCGAGGCAAUUCGUUGAAAGGUUGUCCAAGGAGCUCAGAAUAAGCGGAGUGGUAGCAGGUGAGAAUUACAGAUUCGGAUACAAAGCAUCUGGUGAUGCAUCGGAACUGGUGAGGCUAUGCAAAGAGUACGGCUUGAGUGCAUUCAUUGUGAGCCCGGUCAUGGACAAGGCAAAUCGAUCUUAUAAUGGGGCAACUACAAGCAUCAAUUCAAGUGAUAAGGGGCAAGUAUCUUCUACUCGAGUUCGCCAUGCCCUAGCCAUGGGCGAUAUCGAUUAUGUCACGGAAUUAUUGGGAAGAAAGCAUCGUCUCAUGCUAUCCUUAAAUGAAGGAUGCCUCUCCAUGGAGAAGAGAAUUUUGGCCCCAAGAUCGUGCAUGUUAAACCAGCCACCAGGGGACGGCAUGUAUGAGAAUUGUGAUUUCCUGGUGAAUAAUGAAUUAGUUGGAUCCUGCAGGGUGGCUAUUAAUGCUGAGAACAUCGAUAUUGAAUUGAACGAUCCAAGUUUUUGGCAAGAGAAUGCAACUAAAGAUGGUGACAUUAUAGGGAUAGAGUUUGGUUGAUUUAGUUUGCCAUAAGUAGGUUAAACACACCUUUGGUUAGAUUAGCUGACCAGUGGACACAUUAUACCGCUGAAGCCACAUCGAUGAAUAAAAUGCUUUUGGGUUGAGCAAAUCACCUGCGAGACUACGCGCGAUCUCGGUUUUUUGGAGAUUCAAGAAGUGUUCAGCAGGGCGGGAUGCGAUCCGCGUAUUGUCAUACUUUUAAUUAUUCAUUUGUGUCAAAAGAAAGAUAAAAGAGUGGCCUGCCUCAAAUAAAUAUGUGAGGGCCAAAAUUACUCUGUAGUUAGAUGAGUUUAGCUUCUUUCCAUCUUUUGUUCUCUGCUUGAUCUUUUACAGUUGAGUUCCAGCGUUUGCUUCCUUGUAGUUGGUGAUACUACAAAAGGAGGGUUUUGAUCUGCAUUCGAGUCCUCUGUCGUUAGAAGUAUUAUGCAUUGUAUAACCAUUCCAGUUCUAGUUUGUAUCAUUUUUCUUUUGAAUGAAAUCAUUGAUUGACAUUGUUGUUA